AUGGCGUCCAACCAGGAUCCUAUAAAUCAAGUCUACCUUACCUUGACGCCAACUGAGGCUACUGAGCUGCAGAAGCUCCUGGGGCGUUCUCUCAGUCGAAAGUCUAAUAGUACCUUGGGUGGCGUAUUUGAGAGGCUGCAGGCGUACGGAACUGGAAUGGCUUCCAAAGCUCUGACAAGUGGGCGCCAUGCCAGGGAACGGUCCCGUUCCGGGAAGGGCAAGCCGUAUGAACGCCAAAACCCUCCAGGAGGUGCUGGCGCUGGACAGCAGGGUGGUGCGCAUAUUAAUUGGGACUGUGCUAGGGGCACAGUGAACUUCCUAGCCCAACGUUGGCAGCAAGUUAACGUGGCCGUUGGUAUACACUCGGACUCUGGGCCGUUCUUUGGGCGUUUGGCUUCCUUCAUUCGUUCUGAGUGCUCUCGUAACAGCUUCCCUUCUGCUGUACACUCUGUCCUGUACAACUCAUCUGGGGCCAGUGCUUUGGCGUAUCCAAAGGAGGAGUCUCUAAGUGGUCUGGUUCGCCGUGUCCAGUUGUCUGAAGUGAAGAGUGCUAGGGCUAGUUUUGCGGUCUUAAUAGACCAACUGAGGCUGGCAGCUCUCAUCGAAACUCUGGGAAACAUCGGCGAUGUCUAUGAUAAAGAAGUCUCCCAAUGGCCUGAUGCUCCGUCAUCAAGGACAUUUUACGAUUGGGUUGCGGAGGGUUACAGGGUGGCAGCAUUAGCUGCUGGAGGAUCUAUUUACUUAAUCUUAUUGGUUAGCUUGGGCGGUAUGAAGUCUAUGAUAAGUGCUAUGGCUGGCGAUGUAGCCCAUGCUAUAGGGAACACUCUUCGUGCUCCAGAGGCUGGCUCUGCAAUAGGAGACAUAAUACGCACCACUCUUGUUCCGAUAGUUCAAGCUCUACGCUUCAUUGCUCCAUUUGAUCUUUCAGCAUUACUUCCUACGCCUUUCUUACUCAAGAAGGGUUUGCCUGGUGGAGUUGACGCCGGGGACAUCAGGGCCAGUGACUGUUUCAUGGACAGCUUCCAGCUAACGCACUUUAAGCUGGUGGAAAGAGACCAGGAGGUGUGGCGCCAGAUAUUACUUGUGCCUCAUCGAUGGAACUGUUUCAACACCAACAUCUCCAGCAACUACGCCAACUACGCCAACUACGCCAACAUCGCCAACUUCUUUGCAGUCUCAUACACCAUCUCCUUCUCCUUCAUCAACACGCCCUUCAUCACCUUUGCUCUGGCCAUCAACUCUGCUAGGGCCACUGCCGGAGCAGGCAGAUAUUCAUUCAAUUACGAUUAUUGGACGGAUCGCCAAAGAGAGCUAGCAAAGGAAGCUCUUCUCAAUCCUCCAUCUACAUUUGAGGGCUUCUGUGAAGAGUUAUCAACGCUUUAUGAAGGCGGUACAAAAAUUGACAAGGACAAGUAUCUCUACGUCCCCAGGAACCAGCUUCCUAUGGGUGCCAAUGCUGUACGUUUGGAAAGUCUAAGUGGAGACCUGGAGGCGUUGUUGUGCACUGCUAUGCCUGAAUCCCUGAGGCAGGCGCUCAACAAUGGGAUUGCCGCUGCUCUGGGCAGUAGUGGUGUACUCAAGGAACGUGACUGGGAAGAGGACGGUUUAUUCGAAGCGCUUCAUUUUGCCUGGUAUAACCGCUACAGUACCAAGGGGAAUACGUCGGCAAACAAUGUCCAUCCUUGCCUGUCCAAGAGAGAAGGGAUUGAAAGAACCAAUCACUUCCAGUUCACUCCAAGGACUUCCACCGAAGCCAGAAAGUUUCCAAAUAUAUAUGAGAACUUGGUGAGCGCUCUAUGUGAUGUAUUCGCCUGGGUUGAGGGCACUAUUCGCAAACUUGUUGGGCGUGAUAUUGAGAUUCAGAUGGAAGUCUCCAACUCUCUCCCUCUGAACUCCAGGGUUCCACUCUUCCCUUUCACAGGGCUGGUCUUCAACUUCAAUGCUGCGUCCAAGGCUCACAGGGACAAGAAUGACCUUGGCUUUUGCCUGGUUCUCCCCUUUGGCGAUUAUAAGGGUGGCCAUCUCUGCCUCCAGGAGCAGGGCUGGGUUAUAGACCUUCAACCAGGGGAUUUUUUAAUCUUCCGUUCAUCUGGAACUACUCACUUCAAUCUGCGCUACAAGGGCAUUCGAGGAUCAAUAGUCGGCCACACAGAUAAGGAGUUUCUGAGCUGGUUAGGUGACUUCAACGGCUGGAAGGACAAUAUUUACCUUUCAGCUAAGCGUAGGGAAGGGUUUGAUGAAGGGCAAAUUGUUGGUGAAGGCGAGGACAUUUUGCGCCAUUUUUAA